GCUGCCCGCGGCAGGAGAGGAGGUAGCCGUUGGCCGCCGCCGCCGCCGCCGCCGUCUCGGGGACGACGGGGAGGGAGGCGACGAGACCGGCGGCGGAAGCAAGGAUGGCCGUCUCCGAUGCUUUAACUGCCUAGCUUCAGCUACCCUCCUACUCGCCCCGCAUCGCUCGCGCCACGCUAGGCUGGAAGGGGAUAUAGGGAUAUAUGGAAUCCUGCCGGCGGCGGUGGCAAGCAACCGAGCAUGCCGACCGGGGGAAGGCAAAGCCACCAACGCAGCCACGCGGCGAGGUGGCGCGGAGGGGAGGGCGCGCGCCGAUUCCUUCCGUGCCCGCCGCCGGCGGCCGAGCCCCCCUUUUAAGCCGCGGAGCCACGCCACGGGCAUGGUUGCCUUGCCCCACCACGACGACGACGGCGGCGGCGGCGGAGAAACGGGGCUGGGAGUUGGGUGAGGUCCAUGGAGGAGGAGUCGAUCGCGCACACGCCCACCUGGGUGGUGGCCGUCGUCUGCUUCGUCAUCGUCGCCAUCUCCCUCGCCGCGGAGCGCUUCCUCCACUACCUCGGCAAGUUAUUGAAACAUAAACGGCAGAAGGCAUUGUAUUCAGCUCUCGAGAGGCUAAAAGAAGAGUUAAUGCUUCUGGGAUUCAUUUCCUUCGUCCUGAGCCUUUCUCAGGGUUUUAUUGUUCACAUUUGCAUUUCGGAAAAUGCUAUGCGUUUGAUGCUUCCGUGCAAGAAAGAGAAUUACCGGCAUGAAGAAGGUGUUAAGCUUUGCAAGAAAAAGGGUGAAGUUCCCUUGUUAUCACUGGAGGCAUUGCAUCAGCUGCACAUCUUCAUAUUUAUACUUGGUUUGGUCCAUGUUGUGUUCUGUGCUACAACAAUAUUACUUGGUGGGGCAAAGAUAAGAAAAUGGAAGAAUUGGGAGACAACAAUUCACGAGGAUAUGAAGAAAAACUUAACGCAAACAGAAGCUACACCUGUUACACCUGUGCGUAUUGCACACAAUCAUCAGGGUGAUUUAUUAAGUGAGCGAACAAAGGGGUUUUGCAUGAAGCUGGCUGUUGUAAGCUGGAUAGCUGCAUUCUUGAAGCAAUUUCAUGAUUCCGUGAAUAUAUCAGAUUAUAAAGCACUUAGAUCAGCAUUUGGCUUGAGACAUUUCCCAAGGCGUCCAUACUUUGAUUUCCACAAGUACAUAGUUCGGGCUCUUGAACAUGACUUUAAGAGAGUAGUUACUAUCAGCUGGUAUCUGUGGCUAUUUGUCAUCAUUUUCCUAUUGCUGAAUAUAAACGGAUGGCACAUAUACUUCUGGUUAGCUUUCUUGCCUCUGUUUCUCCUGCUUGUUGUUGGUGCAAAACUGGAGCAUAUUAUUACCCGAUUAGCUCAAGAGGCAGUGGCAUUAUCAGAGAAAACGCAGGGAGUUCCGAAUAUAAAGCCAUCGAAGGAACAUUUCUGGUUUGGCAGACCUGAAAUUAUCCUUCAAUUGAUCCAUUUCGUCCUGUUUCAGAACUCUUUCGAGAUUGGCUUUUUCAUCUGGGUCUUGGUAACAUAUGGGUUCGACUCGUGCAUUAUGGAAAAGAAGGUGUACUCCAUCUCUAGGCUUGUUAUUGGUGUGCUCAUCCAGGUGAUCUCCAGCUACGUCACUCUACCGCUCUACGCCAUCGUUACCCAUAUGGACGGAGGCAUCAAGCUGGAAGGGAUUGGGUCGGGCCUGCAGGAGUCUGUCGCGGAGUGGGCGUCGGGAGCCCGGAAGAGCAAGGGGGAGCAGCCACGCGCCAGUCUCCCCAAGGGGCCCAGCGGGAACGGCCGCGCCGCCGGAGCCGUCGAGGCAACAUGGGCGCGGAGCAGCUACGAGCACGUCAGCGGCUCACCGCGAAACGCUCUGGCGCCGUCCCCCGAUCGGGGCGAGGACGAGAUCGUGUCUGUGGUGGUCGAAGACGGCGGCGGCGGCGACCAUCACCGGAGGUGAAGGACAGGGGCUUUGCCUGACCGCGCGGACCGACGCGGGCGGCGCGGCGGCCGGCGUCGUCGCGCGCUCCUCAUGCGUCCGUCUCAUCGUCGUCGUCGUCGAUCGUCUGCAGGGCAGCUGUAACGUCAGCGUCGUGGUGGCUGCGAGGGGUACGGGCGGGGGGCCGACGGGACGCGUCGUCCGCCGGCGAGCCGGGGCGGGCCGGCAGGGGAGGCAGGCGUUGUGACAUGUCGUGGUGUGAGACAGUGAGGCUCGCCCUCGCCACAACGUUGUUGGCUGGCUCGUGUUUUCUGCGUCUGCCCCCGGCCGGAGCCCACGCGGCUGGCAUGCAUGCAUAUUGGUGCUUUUUCCUCGAUGAUAAAAAAAGAAACGCCUCCCUGUUUUGUAAGAAAAAUAAUCCUGUGCACAAAGGUAGAUUUACCCUGUGCACUGCCGUCCGUCGUGUGCAUAUGUAAACCACUAUUUUACAAAGCUACACAGUAACUGAAGGGUGUACUGCUUCU